AUGCCGAUGCCUUCAUCUAGAAAGUUCUUCCAAGCUCGUCCUCAAUCUAACCUGCUUCGGAGAUCGAUCGUACUAACACUCUGUUUCGUCAUCGGAAUCGCCGGUUUAUUAUCGUUCGCUGUCGUCGUUUCAAGAGGACGAAUCGGAGGAGGCGAUAAAUGUAACUACAGCAAACCUUUAUCGGUGUCUGUCGUGUGGGAUAAAAGCGGUGGUUCCACCGGAGGGUUGGUGUCUGACGGAGAUCGGAAGCGGCAUAAGGUGAUGGGAUUCGUCGGAAUUCAGACCGGUUUUGGAUCGGUUGGUCGACGGCAGUCGUUGCGGAAGACUUGGAUGCCUUCCGAUCACCAAGGUCUUCAACGCUUGGAAGAGGCCACCGGCUUAGCCUUCAGGUUUAUCAUCGGCAAAACCGACGAUGCGUCAAAAAUGGCGGAGCUGAGGAAAGAGGCGGCGGAAUACGACGACUUCUUGAUGUUGGAUAUUGCAGAGGAGUACAGUAAGCUCCCAUACAAAACGUUAGCCUUCUUCAAAGCUGCCUUUGCACUCUAUGAUUCUGAAUUUUAUGUUAAAGCUGAUGACGACAUAUAUUUAAGACCAGAUCGGCUCUCGUUGCUCUUGGCUAAAGAGCGUCCUCACUCACAAACAUAUCUUGGAUGCAUGAAGAAAGGUCCCGUGUUCACUGACCCAAAACUCAAAUGGUAUGAACCUCUAGGGUAUAUGCUUGGGUCAGAAUACUUUCUUCAUGCUUAUGGUCCAAUUUAUGCUCUCUCUGCAGAUGUUGUUGCAAGCCUGGUUGCUCUUAGAAACAACAGUUUCCGGAUGUUCAGCAAUGAGGAUGUUACUAUUGGUGCAUGGAUGCUUGCAAUGAAUGUCAACCAUGAGGACAAUCGUCAACUUUGUCAAACCGAAUGUACAUCAACAUCUAUAGCUGUGUGGGAUCUCCCCAAGUGUUCAGGGCUUUGUAAUCCUGAAAAGAAAAUGUUGGAACUUCAUCAAAAGGAAAGCUGUGCAAACAGCCCGACUUUGCCAGCUGAAGAAGAAGACUAGCAUCAGGUUUUUUACACUCUUUUGAGGAAUAUAGCACAGCAUUAGAUAAUUUUUUCUGUUUGUAUCUCAUUCUUUUGUUAUAUACAAAACCUAAUCAAAUGUUAGUUUUGAAGCGGAAAAGUUUGUGAUGUAACGUUUACAAGACAUUGGGGAGAGUAUGUCUAACUCAUAUAUCAUUUAUGUAAUUAGUGAUUGUUUA